AUGGCUAGUGAGGACAGUUUUUUAGUGUUGGUUCACCACAGAGGAUCGAUUAAGAGAAAAACUCGUUCCGGUGUGAAGUUCACCGAUAAGGAUCCUCUCUGUAUUAUCGCGAGGCCUACGACGAACUAUGAUGACCUUGUUAGCUCUGUACUGCUGAAACUUGGUAUGGCAGGUGUGAAAAGGGUUAAGAAGUUUUUCUAUCGAAUUCCAAUUAUGGUGCUCCAAGAUACCGUGAAGUAUGAUUGUUUCACGAUCGGGAGUGAUGAGGACUUGCAGGUCAUGUUUCAUUAUCGCCGGCAGUUUUCCGAAGUGAGGACACCAGAUCUGUUGGCAAAGUUGGUUGAUGUGGUAUCCAACUCGGGGGGUUCGAACUGGAAUACCAACACUUUAGCCACGGUGGCCGAUUCUAGCUCCAGACCUGCCGUUGCUUCUUCCUCAAUCCCUGCGUACGAGCCACCCGUCCAGCCUGUUGCCUCCCCUUCGUUCCCUGUUGAUCUCAACGACAGUGUUGGCGACAAAGUUGGAACAGGAGAAUUUAUACUGACCUCUGUACAGUGUGUUGCACCGGCUGGGGUUGGAGAUGAAUUGUUUGAUGAUCCAGAGGACGAUGAUGUCGAGGCGGAUAUGAUUGCUGACGACAGUGAUGAUGAUAUUGGAGCCAGAUAUCUCCAAAUGCUAUACGAUGAAUUUAGCAGCAGUCGGCAGUUCCAAAAGUUUGCAUCGGUGCACCUCGAACACAUGACCUAA